AAAACCAAGUUAAUAUUCGACAGUUCUCCUUAAUUGUAACUUAAUAUUGGAUUUAAUAUAUUAGUUGGAGUACCUUCUAGCUUUUUAGAGUCAACAGUUGAAUAUCUGUUAUGUUAUAGGAUCAAAAAUCUCCUUUUCACCAGGUUCACGGUCUUGUGUUCGCCCAUCGAGUGAUCACUGGUUACAACUAGACCCAACUCGCUGUGACCACUUUCCGGCUAAAGGGGCGACUGGGUGUCAUUAUUGGCAUACGUGCGAGAGGGAGUCUGAGCCUGGGAGACUUCUGGUUCCUAUGGAUCUAUGGACAUUAUUCAUGGGGUGACCUUGUCAGUAAACUUGCCAGGUUGCCAUUCCUCGGGGCGUCGCUGGGGAAGCGCGUGAUUGCUUACGUCUCCGAAUUAGUUUGGGUGUAAGGCUCAGGCAAAGUUCGAAGUCAAGUAAUUAAAAUAUAGAGACCUUACCAGCAUCUGAACGUGGUCGUGUGUAUCAUUCCUGCACUGUGGGGCAUGCAAAGAUGAUGGACAACAUGGAAGAUGAGCCUGUAAAUGCGCCGGGAGCGUUAUCUAAGUUCUUCAGGAGGAUUGGACAGACGUACCAGCUACUGCUGGACCGGUGGACGCCGCACACCAUAGCUCGCUGGGUCUUCACCGUCGUGCUGCUCGUCUCGUUCGGGGUCCGCAUUGUCCUUGCCCAGGGAUGGUAUAUAGUGACAUAUGCAUUAGCAAUAUACCACCUGAACCUGCUCAUCGCAUUCCUGACGCCGAAGCUGGAUCCCAGCUUAGAGAUGGGCUUCGAAGACGGGGACGAGCCCGGAUUGCCGACGCGCUCCAACGAAGAGUUUCGUCCGUUCAUUCGCCGCCUGCCGGAGUUCAAGUUCUGGUACAGCGUCACUAAGGCCACCGUCAUCGCCUUCGGCUGCACCUUCUUCGAGGUCUUCAACAUCCCCGUGUUCUGGCCCAUCCUUGUCAUGUACUUCAUCACGCUGUUCUGCAUCACAAUGAAGCGGCAAAUUAAGCACAUGAUCCGGUACCGGUACCUGCCCUUCACCUGGGGCAAGCCCAAGUACGCGGGCAGCAACGGCGCCACCGCCAUGUGAUCAUCCCGGGAGUCCACCCCAGGUGGGGCAGCGACUCGUGCCGCGGCGCCGGCGGCCGGGAGGCUGACCUGCGGCUGGAACCGUGUGGAGACGGUGACGUGACGCGGGGAGACAGGCCCGUGCGAAUGAGGGCGGCGGGUGCGAGGCCCGGCGACACCGGGAGCCGACCAGUGCAAUGAUUGGCGUGCACAGUGUUGGCGCGGGUGCGACAGAUGAGCGGCGUUCGUCCGCUCUGGCUUAUUGCGCUUUGUUUAAUUCCCCGAUCACGUGUAGCGCGGCUCACAUAACUCGGUUUGCAAGUGGUCGACACGGUGUUGUGGAUGUAGUGUGUUAUGUACUGUUUAUUUAUCCCAAAGAAUAAAUCACGAACGACUC